AUGAGUUCGGACGAGAACGUGCACAAGAAUAAGUUGAUCCUUCGUGGCAGCAAGCAGAGUAGCCCUCUGGGCACUGGUCUCUUCAUAGGCCUCCGUAGCAUCGACCCGGUGCUUCAGUAUGCCUUCCUGGCCAAGGGCAUCGCAGCUCCCGCCAUUCACAGGCUGGGAGGAAAGACUCUGGCUCAAGGUCCGCCAGUCGUCACAAAUACUCUCAUCGAUCGACUCGCCAUGUCGCCCUACCGCUUGAUCCUGCUUGCCAUGGCAGCAGGCAGUGCCAUCAAGCAGAAUUACUGGCUUGUCGGCAUCUGUCAAGAGGAGUUUCCCCCUCUCUCUGCCAUUGAGGUCUCCGUCUUCAACACUGUCUUCAACUCGGUCAACUCGUUGCUCUUCACCUGCUCACUCACCUCUGCCUCGGUCAACGGCGAACACUUCCCGCAGACUCCGUUGAUAGUCGGCUCGGCACUCUACGUCGUCGGCAUCUUCACCGAGACCUUCUCGGAAUGGCAGAGACUGCAAUUCAAGAAGAAUACCGCGAACAAGGGGAAGGUCUACACCGGUGGUCUGUUCCGCUUCGCAAGACACAUCAACUACGCUGGAUACACCCUCUGGCGCGCCGGAUACGCCUUGGCCGCUGGCGGCUGGACUUGGGGCGCCAUUGUUGGCGCCUUCUUUUCGUACAAUUUCAUUUCCGAUGGUAUACCAGAGCUCAACAGAUAUUGUCAGGAGAGGUAUGGUGAACAAUGGCAGAACUACAGGAAGCAGACGCCCUACAAGCUCUUCCCAUACGUUUACUGA